ACACAGGGGCAAGGAGCAAUGCUGUUUCCGUCCGUUCUUACCUGUGACUUCCCACUUCAGCAAAGGAGCAGAAGAAAAAAAAACGGGUGCGAUCGAAACAUGGGUUGUCUGCAAGCGUCUGUGAAAGACUCACUCAGAAAAGGCUGUGAAAGCGAGCGUCCAGAGCUGGCUCUCUCUCUCUCCAAGUGCUGUCUGCUCCUGGCAAAUCAAUGAGGAUCCGCGAUGCUCAGUGCGGCAGCUCUCGCUCGCCUUACAAGAUAAUUUUGUGCAUUUCAACUUUUGAAUAUCAUCAGCAAGUUAAGAGAAAUACCUCCUAAAUCAUUUUGACAAAUAUGACUGAUCGGUUCAUUUUGACUCGCCUUCUGCAUUUAAUAUGUGACCUUUUUCACACUGUUUUACGAGUGGGAUAAGGGAAGGAGAAAGGUGUGUUGGAGCUUGGCGGACAACUGGGUUCCUGCAAAUAAAUUCAUUUUUGAAAUUCCGGGGGGGAAUGACGGGGCACUACUCAGAACCCCCACUCUGAUUGAUUACUUGUUAGUCAUCCUCUGGCUCUCUGAGACGCUUUCAAAGGGCAACGUGGAACACAUACAUGAAUCAACUAUCCGUUACCCUUCAAUCUCAACUGAAGACUCACUUUUGCUUAAAGAAGGGGUAAGAAGGGGGUCGUGGCUUAACAUUAUAAGAGGGAAAAUAACAGCAUCGCUUCAUGGGUUUGUUUAUCUCCAAUCUCCGUCUUGACAAGCGCUUGUAAAAUCCAAGGAAGGACUUUGAAGAUUUUAAGAAUACUGUGACAGCACGUAUUAUAUUUCAUAAAUUUAUUAUCCCCCCUCCCCCUUUUCUAUUUUUUAUUUAUCACCUCUUCUCCCGAAAAAAAAUGAAAGUUUGGAGUUUUCUUCCCUGGCUCCCCUGCCUUGUCAUCCUCAUCUUGUGUUUUGGAUCAGAGUGCGGGACAGUCUGGAGAAAGGGGAGAUCCAAGAGGGAGUUGGUGCGGAUGAGAGACGCAAGAGCGACCUUCCCAGGGGCUUGUGCCACACGGCUGCCCCGGGGCAAACGCUCCUUACCCGGCUUGGAUCGGCGGUUGCCUCGCCAGCGGCGUCGCUCCUCCCAGGCUGAUGAGAGCUCAGGUCGGGGAAAAGCCGUUUAUUUUACCGGGAGGGGAGACCAACUACGACUCAAGCCAGGAGUGGAGAUACCACGAGGAAAUUUUACUCUCGAGAUGUGGGUCAAACCCGAAGGAGGUCAGCGAUCGCCCACAGUAAUUGCAGGUUUGUUCGAUAAAUGUUUUUAUGCGUCCAGCGAUCGAGGUUGGCUCCUGGGCAUCAAGGCGGUCAGCGAGCAGGGCAACCGCGACCCGCGAUUCUUCUUCUCCCUGAAGACUGACCGCGCCCACAAGGUCACCUCCAUCCAUGCCAAUGCCCGCUACAUGCCUAACCAAUGGGCACAUGUAGCCGUCACCUACGACGGGCUCUACAUGAAGCUUUUCGUCAAUGGCGCGCAGGUGGCUGUGAGUCGUGAGCAGUCGGGAGACGUCUUCAGCCACCUCACCAAGAAGUGCAAGGUGCUGAUGGUGGGGGGCAACGCCCUGAACCACAACUAUCGGGGCGCGGUUGAGCGGCUCAGCCUGUGGCGGUACGCGCGUUCGCAGAAGGACAUCAACGGAGAUAUGCACGGCCGCCAGGACGUGGCCGAGGACCUGGCACACCUUGUCAUCCGGGAGAACUUCGAGGCUUUGAGACCUCGGAAGUGGUUACCGGUGAAGGACGGUAAUUUCCCGCAGUCGGAUGAGGGUCCGCGGGCGGGGAUGGGGGGCCCGGGCGGGGGCUCGCUGGACACCACCCUGGAGCCCCCCUCCUGUGGUCAGACGGUGUGCGACAACGUGGAGGUGGUGACCAACUACAACCGUUUCUGGAAUUUCCGUCGGCCAAAGGUAGUGCGCUACCGCGUUGUGAACAUCUUCGACGACGAGCGGCGUAAGCCCACGGUCACAGACCAGCAGAUCCACCUCCAGCACCAGCACCUGAACGAGGCCUUCAGCAUCUACAACAUCAGCUGGGAGCUGAGUGUGCUCAACAUCACCAACUCCUCCCUGAGCCACCGCCUGGUGUUGGCCAAUUGCGACAUCAACAAGGUGGGUGACGAGGAGUGCGACCUGGAGUGCAACCACACUCUCACCGGCUUUGAUGCAGGCUACUGCCGCAGCCAGCGGACCCGCUGCCCGCAGCACAAGCAGGGCAAUGGAGAGUGUGACCCUGAGUGCAACUUGGACAGCUACUACUACGAUGGCGGAGACUGCUGCAACCCGAACAUCACAGACGUCACCAAAACCUGCUUCAACCCAGCGUCCCAGCACAGGGCGUACUUAGAUGUGAAGGAGCUGAAGGAGAUCUUAGACCUGGAUGGUUCCACACGGCUCAACGUCUUCUUUGCCAACUCCUCUGAUGAAGACCUGGCUGGUGUCGCCACUUGGCCGUGGGACAAAGAGGCCCUGACACAUUUGGGUGGAAUAGUACUGAACCCGUCAUUCUAUGGCACAUUCGGACACACGCACACCAUGAUCCACGAGAUUGGCCACAGCCUGGGUUUGUACCACGUGUUCCGCGGCAUCUCGGAGAUUGAGUCGUGCAACGAUGCCUGCCUAGAGAUUGAGCCCUCCAUGGAGACGGGCGACCUGUGUGCCGACACCAACCCUACACCCAAGUACAAACACUGCCGUGACCCAGAGCCUGGCAACGAGACCUGCGGCUGCCGACAAUUCACGCACACACCCUUCAACAACUAUAUGAGCUACGCAGAUGAUGACUGCACGAACUCCUUCACCCUGAACCAAGUGGCUCGGAUGCACUGCUACCUGGACCUGAUCUACCAGACAUGGCAGCCGGUCUUCAAGCCGCCUCCUGUGGCUCUGGCGCCCCAAGUGGUGGAGCAGGAGGAUGACGCCAUCACCCUGGAGUGGUUUCCCCCCAUCUCAGGCCACUUCUACGACAGAGAAGUGGGAUCAGUGUGUGACAAAUGCACCGAGGGGAGGGUCCUGCUUCAGUAUGCCUCUGCCUCUUCAUCCCCACGCCCCUGUACCCCCUUUGGACACUGGAGCCCUCGAGAAGCCGAGGGGCCCCCUGAUGUGGAGCAGGCGUGCGAGAUGAGUGUGCGUACCUGGAGCCCCCACAACAGCAUGGAGGUGAGCAACAUGGUGCCCCCGCCGUGCCCGCUGCAGGGGUGCAUGCUGCAGCUGGAGUUCGCCCACCCGCUGGUGCCCGACUCCCUCACCGUGUGGGUGACCUUCUCCUCGCCGGACGAGACAGUGCUGCCUGCCAUUCACAACAUCCUGCUGCUGACGGUGGGUGGCAACAACAUCUCGCUGGGCCCCAGCAACGUCUUCUGCGACAUGCCGCUCACACUCAAGCUGGACGUGGACGAGGAGGUGUACGGCGUGCAGAUCUUCACCAUGGAGCAGAGCCUGGAGAUCGACGCCACCAUGCUGGCCUCCAAGCCUGACUGCCCGCUGUGUCGCCCUUGCCAACCGUUACACUACCGCCUGCUGCGCCAGCCGCCCUUCACCCACGCGCCGCAGGGGGUCAUCCUCAGGGACGCCUCGCGCCGAUACGUGGACAGGGACGUGGCGACCGGAGGCGUGUACACCUAUCAGAUCCAGACCAUCUCCACCUGGAGUGAGAGCGAGCCCUCGCCCCCCUUCACCCAUCGCCUAGGAGCCCCCUACUGCGGAGACGGCACGAUCCAGAGGUCCAGGGGAGAGGAGUGUGACGACCACAACUCCAUGAACGGGGACGGAUGUUCCAGCCAGUGCAAGAAGGAGCCUUUCUUUAACUGCAUCGAUGAGCCCAGCAUGUGUUACUUCUACGACGGCGACGGUGUGUGUGAAGACUUUGAGCAAAAGACGAGUGUGAGAGACUGCGGACUCUACACGCCCAGCGGCUUCCUGGACCAGUGGGCCGCUGGGGUGGAGGUCUCCCACGAGGACAAGCUCUACUGUCCCGCCGACGUGGCUGCCGGAUACCCCGCCGUCACCAAGACCUGUCAGUCCAAGGUGUUUGAGAGUGACCUGUCGGACGGGGUGUCGCAGUACGCCUGGUUUCCCUGUCGAGAGGCGCAUCACUCUUCCUGGUACCCACACUAUUGGCUUAAGGCCUAUUUUUCCCACCCUAUGGUAGCUGCAGCUGUUAUCAUUCAUCUUGCGGCCGACGGCAUCAACUACAUCGACUCGACUCAGCACAACAUCACCGUGCAACUGGUCGACACCAAGGAGGGCAUCCACAACUUAGGUGACUGGCGUCUGAGCUGCCGCACCAACCCUCUGGUGAUCCCAGUGAUCCAUGACCUGAGCGUGGCCUUCUACCACACCAAGGCCAUCCUGGUGCUCUUCCGCUCCGACCUGGUGGCCAUCUCCGGGGUGGCGCUGCGCUCCUUCCAGUACUUUGACCCCAUCACCAUCAGCGGCUGCCAGAGCAACGAGAUCUACAACCCCAUGGGCCAAAGUUGCGUUCAUUACUCGUGCGAAGCCAUCGACUGCCAGAAGCCUCUGAUCCGCAAUGCAGAGCUGAGGUGCAGCAGCCCCGGCUACUUCAACGGCGUCCGCUGCACGGUGACCUGCACGAGCGGCUACGUCCUGCAGAUCCAGAGGGACGAUGACAUCAUCAAGAGUCAGGCGGGUCCUACGGUGACUAUAACGUGCGCCGAUGGGAAGUGGAACAAGCAGGUGUCGUGUGAGCCGGUGGACUGUGGCCUGCCAGACAAGUACCACGUCCACCCGGCCAUCUUCAACUUCCCCGACGGCACCACCUACGGCAAGAAGACCACCUUCCAGUGCAAGGAGCCCGCCCAGCUAGUGGGCACCAAUAACACGCUGACGUGCAUGGAGGACGGGCUCUGGUCCUUCCCAGAAGCCCUGUGUGAGCUGCGCUGCCCUGCUCCUCCUGCCGUGCCCAACGCCGUGCUGCAGACCAAACGGUGCAACGACACGGGUCUCAAAGUGGGCUCCCUCUGCAAGUACAAGUGCAAGCCUGGCUACCACGUCACCCACAGGCCCAAGAGGCGUGCCUUCAAGCGACAGUGCACGGAGGAUGGUACUUGGCUGGAGGGGGGUUGUGAGCCAGUGACCUGUGACCCCCCGGCCCCUGUCUUCCAUGGCAUGUACCAGUGCACUGAUGGCUUCAGGUUCGACAGCACCUGCUGGAUCAACUGCAAUGGGGGCAACCACACGGUGAGGCAACAACCUCCAUGCAAGCAGGGUCCGAGUGCUAAUGUGAUCCGAUGCAGGAAGGAUGGGAACUGGACGGGCUCUUUCCGUAUCUGUCCUCAAAUGAAGGGACAGUGCUCUCUACCUCAAAACCUCCAUCCCAACAUCAGGGUCAGCUGCAGGAAGGGAUAUGGAAUAGGUGAGGAAUGUGAUCUCUCAUGCCGAGACCCCACCAACAACAACGUGGUGACACUACCUGCCAACAUAACCGCUGACAACAUUCUCCAACUCCACUGGCUUAACCCUCCCAAAGUGAAGAGUAUCGUGUGUACUAUGGGACUGAAGUGGUACCCCCACCCGGAGGUUCUUCACUGUAUCAGAGGAUGUGAGCCGUUUAUGGGUGAUAAUUACUGUGAUGCCUUCAACAACAGAGCCUUCUGCAACUAUGACGGAGGAGACUGCUGCCAUUCCACUGUCAAGACCAAGAAGGUGAUCCCAUUCCCCAUGUCCUGUGACAUCAGGAAAGACUGUGCCUGCAGAGACCCCAAGGCCCAGGAGAACAUCCGGGCCGACAGCGUGGCCUCACUGGGCUGAGGGUCGCUCCGGAAGCCUGACCGGACCUGGGCCAAAAGCGGGCCACAGGAGGACCGGAGCCAGACAUUCCUAUCGACAUGCUGCUUUACAGGUGUACCUCUCUACCCCGUACCACCCCUCCCCCCCUCCCCACUUUGCUCUCUCUACCCACCAACACAAAGCCUCCACUCUCAACGUCUUCUGCCUCCGCUGACCUCCAUUCAAACAUACUAGACAAGGACCAAAGAGAAUACUGUCACUCAUAUCUGUUGCAAACCUAAAAGGAAAGAACUGAACUACCGCCACCAAAAAAUAAAGAAGGAAAAACCUAAGCCUGUGUUUGAAGUGAAUGGAGCAACUACGAAUGAAAAUCAGCAGAGCCUGGUUAGCAUGCCUUUUUUUUAUGUUGGAGUUUGUGCCAGUUGUGUGUGCUGUGUUCUCCGACUACACGUGUAAUCUCUCUCACUUACUCAUCCACGGGAAGACAAAAGGGGCAAGAGGAGGACAAAUACAGAGACAGAGACAAAGACAGACAGUGUAAAGGUAACAAACAAAAAGAAAAAAAAAAUAUGGAAAAAAAAAGAAAGAAAAG